AUGCCAGAUAUUGGUGAAAAAGUAGAUGACUGGGAACGUGAGGGCUGUGUAAACCAGCUGGGAGGGGUCUUUGUGAAUGGACGGCCCUUGCCCACAUGCAAGCGAGAGAGGAUCAUAAAGAUGGCAACAAAUGGCAUCAAGGCUUGUGAUAUCUCCAGGAUUUUACAGGUCUCUAACGGCUGUGUGAGUAAGAUACUGGGUCGAUUCUACCAGACGGGCUCUGUGGGUCCAAAAGCAAUUGGUGGGAGCAAGCCACGGUUGUCCACCCCAGAGGUGGUGGCUAGAACUGCUCAGCUAAAGUGGAAUAAUCCAUCAAUGUUUGCCUGGGAAAUACGUGGCAAGCUGCUGUCAGAGGGGAUCUGCACCAGGGACAAAAUUCCCAGUGUUUCAUCUAUUAAUCGAAUUCUACGCAACCUGCAUACUGACUCUACAUCCGAGACCACGAGAAGAGUGCAAUGGCCAGCAGAUUUUGGAGAGCACGAAAUGAGUCACGCUCAAAACAUCCUGGUGUCCGAACUUGCCAGGGAUAUUCAGCCAAAUUGUCAGCAAAAAAACCGAACCGUUUUCACACAAGAACAGGCCGAGGUGUUGGAGAAAGCAUUUAAAAGAACACAAUAUCCAGAUGUAUUUGUGCGAGAGAAAUUGGCAUCAAAAAUAUCUCUUCCAGAGGCAAGAAUCCAGGUCUGGUUUUCCAACCGACGAGCAAAAUGGAGACGAGAGGAGAAGAUGAAAAUCCGACCUGGCUUUUUAAGUAUCGUCGAAAAGACUAUAAUCAAGCCAUCCACAGUGUACAUGUACAGGACAAAGCCUUACUGGCCUCAACCUCCACAUCCAACUCAGCCCCUUCAGAGCCUGAAGACACAAGGGUAUGUGGCAGCAGAAUCACAACUCUACCCAAACAACUCGGCAGAGAUGUGGAAUCUACACAGGUUUGAUCCGUACAGGGCGCUGGAAUCAUCAACAUGCCUCGGUUCUGGAUCCAUUUAUUCCUCACAAGCGUCUAACGGAAUCCUUGAGGGGCACACAGCAAUGCCGCUCUUCUCAAAGUUGUUGCUGCAACUGGAUACUGGUCAGGAGCAAGGACCCUGGGGAGAUUGUCAGCUCCCAGAGCAGAGGGAACAUGAUGACGCUGACCAAUAUGCAACACAAAUGGACAGACCGAACAUCACAUCUCUCUGGCCAAGGUGGUUUGAGCAGAGCAUGUAA